CGAGCGGCCUGCAUAGAACACUGAUGUAUAUACUUAUAUAGAUCAGUGAUACAUAUAUAUGUGUGUAUCUAUAUCGUAACGGCUUUAUCUAUCAAUAUCUAUCAUCCUUGAAAGCUGAUCAUGGAGAGUGGGAAACUUGAUAUAGAUAACGUGGUGAAGGACUCGAAAGAACCAGUCCCCACGUACAAACCUAUAUCGGAGGACGACUCUAUCCUCGCAGCACACGAAUCCAAAGGCGACUCAAAAAUGGCGAAGCAAAACGGCGAUACUGAUAUUGACGAUGGAGCCGAGGAGCGGAUGCUUAAGGACACUGGAAAGAUCAAUUCGAACAAGGAUGCUACAGAGGUCAAGUUCAUAUCAGAGAAUGGAGAUGCGAAGAUUGAUAUUAAAAGUGUGAAGCAUGCAUUGACUGGAAUGGGGAAGGAGGAGCUGAUGAAGUUUGCAAAUGAUCCAUUCUGGAUACGACUCAGGUGGUUCAUGUUCAUUGCAUUCUGGUUAUUGUGGGCAGCUAUGCUGGCUGGUGCAAUAGUGAUUAUCAUCGGUGCACCAAAAUGUCCCGGAAGUAGGAAAGUAUGGGAAGAAAAUCCGAUUGUUCGAUUGGAGCCAUCAAAAAUACCCAAUGGCCUUAAGGGACUCCUACCUGUUUUGAAUGACCUGAAAAACAAGCAUAUUAAACUCAUCUGUCUUGCAUCAAUCAUGAAAUCAGAAAAUGAAGCCACAGUAGACUUCAAAGACAUUGACCCUAAGCUGGGCAAUAUGGCAGAUUUCACAGCGCUAGUAGAAACUGCAAAAAAGAAUGAAAUAAAAAUAAUACUCGAAGUCGAUCCAAACCAUACUUCCAAAAAGCAUCCCUGGUUUAUUGGUUCCCUCAACAAAACAAAAGAGCAUAUGAAUUAUUACGUCUGGGUUGAAAAUAAGACUGACUCACCAAAUAACUGGGUGAGUACUUACAACAAAUCUGCUUGGACAUGUCAGGAUGGGAGGUGCUAUCUUCAUCAGCAUCGCGAAGAUCAACCUGAUCUCAACUAUCGAAACCCUAAAGUUGUUCACGAAUUUUCUGAAAUUUUAAUCCACUGGUUGAAACUUGGUGUUAUUGGCUUUAGACUAGCCAACACACAGUACUUGCUUGAAGAUGAGGAAAAAAGAGAUGAAAAGCUCGGUACGCAAGUAGCUCCACCAAACACUUACCCGUCGUACAAUCACGCUCACACAUUUAAUUUGAACGAGAAUCGUGAGCUACUGAGACAGUGGCGAGACGUCGUUGCCAAUUAUACAGACAAUGAAGGGCUUUUCUCGUUACAAGAAAAUAUUGGAAAUGAUACAUUAACACAUCUAAACGACAAUGGCACUAUUGUAGACCUCCCGCAGAGAUGUCAGUUUCUGUCCGAGGCAAAUGCUAAUAUUUCAGCUAAUGACCUAGAAGCUGGAUUCAAGAAUGCAUCCUCCACCUGGUCUGCAUGGGAUCUGAACAAUCCCCAGAGGCCAUUACAUGAGCGAAUGCCUGUAGAAGUAGCUGAGAGUUUGACUUUGAUGACUCUGCUGCUUCCGGGAACCCCAAUUCUUAGUAUCAAUCAGACCCAGUAUAAUGGUACAGCGUUCUCAAAUAUCAUUCAAUUGCGACAUAAACCUUCAUUCACCCAUGGAGUUAUCACACAUGGUGUUUUCAAUGGGACUGUCUUCGCCUAUACUAUAAAUUCGUUGAAGAGUGGUAAUCUUGGUUAUUUGGUGGCCUACCAUAGCGGAAACGAGCCAGUGACUGUGGAUCUCUCUGAACUGGACAGAGUUCCGGAAAAAGUGCGCAUAAUUGAUCAUAGCUCCAAUUACAAAGGAGAUGGUCCAGGGAGCAAGGUGUCUUCAAAUGCGAUCUAUAUUACUCCCAAAAGUACUUUGGUCGCACAAUAUACAGCCAAAUCAUCUUAAUUCACCACGAAGUAUCACCUUUCUGCAUAUUAUCGCCAGACUGCUUAUACCCGUCAAAUAUAUAAUCAAGCUUGAUAUUUUUUUUGUUAGUGAUUCUUUUUUCUUUCUACUUAUUCUAAAUGAUGAUAUUUGAACCAAUUGUAUGUCAAAUUGGACGAUGAAUCUGAAUAAUAUA